GUUCUCACAUGUUCAAUUUCAUUCCCGCCGUAACCAUUUGUCCAUAGUCAAAUUACGUUACGCCAGUCUAGAAAUUGCAUGAUUUGAGUAGUUUCUAGUCGGAUUUCGAAAGAUAUUCAGAGAAGCCGACUCACUCAGUGUUAGGGAAUUUUGCUGCCGUCACUUUUAAACCUUUUUUCCUCAGAGAAUCCAUCGAAAUCUUCAGUUGAAUUUUCGUCACCACCAUGAGGGGCAAGAUCAAAAAGAUCACGCUCACCAAUUUCAUCACCUACGAGUACUUGGAAUUGGAUCCUGGUGCUUACAUGAAUCUCGUCAUUGGGCCGAAUGGUUCUGGAAAAUCAUCAAUUUUGUGUGGAAUGUGCUUGGGACUAGCAGGCAAACCCAGCUCAAUUGGUCGUGUAACAAGGCUCUCCGAUUACAUCAAGACUGGGUGCAAUAGAGCGACCAUUGAAAUCGAGCUGGAUAAUGGCAAAUCCACUUCAAUCAUCACCAGGAUCAUUAAUAAAGGAGCUAGUGACACCUCUGGAGGGACGACAGUCUGGUCUCUAAAUGGCAAAACUGCCAACCAGAAAGAGGUGGAGAAGUUUGUCCGAGACCUCAAUAUUCAGAUGGACAACCUUUGCCAGUUUCUCUCCCAGGAGAGGGUUCAGGAUUUCACUAAGAUGAAUAGUAAAGAUCUGCUCAUCAACACAGAAAAGACUGUAGGCAACACCGAAAUGUACGAAAAUCAUCAGAAACUCAUUGAGUUGUGCAAGAGCGGUGGGGGACAAGAAAAAGCUUUGAACGACUUGGAGGAAGGCUUGAUUAGGCAGAGAGCCCGUCUGGAUCAGUUGCAAGUUCGAAUGCAGAGCAUGCAGGAGAGACUUGCCCUGGUGAAGCAGCUGGAUGAGAUCAAAGCAAAAAUUCCCUGGGUGGAGUACAAUGAGCAUGUGGAAAGCAUGCAGGGAGCCAAGAAUGAUAAAGAGCAGGCUAGAAAAAGGCUGGAGGAGAUGGAAAAGGAAUUGAAACCUUUGGAAAAAUCUCUUCAACAGUUGACUGAACGAUUGAAACUUUUAAGAGCAGAGGCAAAGAAAAAGACUGCUGGUCCAGUUGGAGGGAUGAAAAAGUUCAUUGAGGAAGAAGACAAGCAGUAUAGGGAGAUUCAGAAGAAUGUAGCGGAAUUGCGUGAUAUUGACAAGCAGAAGGAAAAGUUCAAAAAUGACCUAGCUUUGCUGGAGCAAAAGAUCAUAAGCAACAAGGAGCGCCUGCAAGAAAUUGAGUCCACCACAGAUCUUGAUGCUAUCAAGCAAGAACUGCAGGAUCUAAACCAACAAGCUAGGGAGGUCGUUAAAGACAUUGAAUCCAUUCGCCAAAAAGAGAGUGGAAAGCGACGCUUGCUGAAUGACUUUAUCCAGGAAAUCAGGAACUUUGAGUAUGAAAUCAAAGAGCAGUCAAAUCUGGCUGAAAGGAGACUGGCCGAGCUCAGCGGCCUGCACAGGCUGUCUUACAAUGCUACCGUCUACUUAAAUAAUGAUCUAAGGAAAAAUCAUCAGUUUGCUGGCAAAGUUUAUUCCUCCAUUGUUCUUGAGAUCAACACCACAGACCCACGAGCCAGUAGGUAUCUGAACAUUGUCAUCAGUAGGAGGGACAAGAUUGCAUUCUUGUGUGAGAAGAGUGAAGAUUUCAACUUCCUCUUUAUGCACCUGAAGCAGAAGUUUGGUAAUGGCCUUAACAUGCUCACUCAGGGACCAGAGGUGCUUGAUUUAAACCAGCCCAUUGGAAUGGAAGCAUUGAGGAAAAUGGGAUUUGAUGACUACCUAUCCAACCUCAUUGCAUGCCCUACUGAAAUCUACAACUACCUUUGCAAGACUUACAGACUGCAUCAAAUUCCAGUUGCAUUCAAAGAUGGCCAAGUGAAUCGCCAAGAUGCUUCUCAAACUUUCAACCAGUUCUUCAUUGGUGAUACUAUGUACAGAAUCUCCACUUCUAAAUACACAAACGAGAAAUCCUCUAGGACCAUUCCUAUCACAAACAAGAAAAAUCCUUUCGACAUCACCAUCGAUCUCAAUGCUGUUGCUCAACUAAAGGCUAUGAAGGAUAAAAAGGUGGAGGAGAGAGACGCUCUGCAGCGAGAAAUGCAGGAAAUGAAUGCUGAGGUUGACCCAUUGCAAAGAAAACAAGAUGCCUUGAGAAAUAAGAUGAAGGAAUUGAGAAAUAGGGAAUCUCAAAUGAAUGAGCUUCAAAGCCAAAUCAGAAGAAAUGAAUCCAGCUUGGAAACCAAAAAGCAGAAUCAAGGAGAUUUUGACAAACAAAAGGAGAAGAUUUUGAUAGCAAAUCAAAGACUGUUCAGAGAUGCUGUGGUAAAACUUGAUGAUUUUAAGAAGCACUUGAAGAAGUGCUAUUCAUAUGAUGUUGAAAGUGGCUUUGCUAAUAUGGAAGUGAGAGCUGUUUCCAAGAAGCACCUAAACAGGCAAAACGAGCUGGAUGAAAAGAAGCGCACUCACAAAGACUUCUUGAGGACCUAUCAAAAUGUAGUAGAGGCCUGGAACAGACUGAAAUCUGAAGCUGCAAGGCUGAAAGCUGUUGCCGAGAAGACCAUCGGUUGCACUCCAAAAGAUCCCAAGUUCAAGAAGAUGCAGGAAAUUUUUGCCAAGCUUCCUGCCACUCUUCUAGAGCUUGAUGAUAUGAAGACUGACCUUGAGAGCCGCCUGGAGUUUAUGGACAGUGCUGCUGAUGAGAAUAUUGCCGAGCUCCUGGAGAGGCAGAAAACCAAGGUAUCCGAGAUGGAGAGACAGUUGGCGUUUAUCAGGGAGCAAGUUACUGGUCGAAAGACCCAGAUGGAUCGGCUGAAAGAAACAUGGCUGCCUGCCCUUGAAGAAUUGGCUGAUCGAAUCAGUGUUAAGUUUGAAAGGCUGUUCAACUAUAUGGGCUGUGAAGGAACAGUCAAACUGCUCAAAGGAAAUGCAGAGACACAAGAUGACUACGAGAAUUAUGGUUUGAGCAUCCAAGUCAGUUUCCGAGCCGGUGAGAGCCUUCAGGAGUUGGGAGGGACACAGAGUGGAGGCGAAAGGUCAGUCUCAACGGCCAUUUACUUGCUGGCCCUUCAGGAGUUGACAGAGGUGCCUUUUCGCUGCCUUGAUGAAAUCAACCAGGGCAUGGAUGCAACUAACGAGCGUCGAAUCAUGGAGUUGAUGAUGAAAAUGUCUGGAAAUGAAGACAGUUGCCAAUACUUUUUGGUCUCUCCAAAGCUCUUGGCAAACCUUGUGUAUGUGAACACGUGCAGAGUGCUCUGCGUUCAACAGCCAUUGCGCAUGGACACUACCAAGUGGACAAUGGCAAAGUUCAUCCUGAAGAAGCAAAUGGAAGUUGGCGAGAAGAGGAGCCGCACCAAUGGACGUGCACAGGACAAUGAUGAAACUGAAGACGACAAUUAAUCCAUUCUAGGCAGCUUCUAAUCUAAAGUAAGAACAGUCCUUUUUUUAUCGUUGACGUCUAUUUUUAGUUAAAGAAGCAAUGCAACACAUCAAUGAUAUUUAAAAUCGCAAGCCUUGCCUCCUGUUCUCAAUAAGAAAUACUUGCAAAACUUGGCAUGUAGUUAUGUUACAAGAAAAUUUGAGCUAGUUAAUUUAUGCAGGGCUAAUUUAGUACCAUAAAUAAUUGAAUGGAAAAGUUUAUAAUUUAAUAUUUUUGUACCAAAUACAACACAAAUAAAAUUACAAGGAUAUUUGAAAC